GGGCGCAGUCCUCAUGAGGUGGCGAAUACACUGCGGGCUAGCUUGCCCUAGGCAUGGGGCUUACAGUAUAUAAGGAGCACGGAUUAUCUUUCAUUCAGUAUCCUCGACGUCCUCAUCCACUCUCCAUACCUUUUCAAAGACCUAGUCUUUCGUUCUAUCCUCGAGUUCAGACAUGAAGUUCUCCGUCGCAGCUGCCGUCUCCUCCGUCGCCGCGUUGGCAAGCGUUGCAUCCGCUCAGUUCUGCCCUCAGGCCACCCAGUUCGGCACUCUCAUUGUCUCGCCCACCAGCUUUGCUGCCCACGACACCGUCACGAUCAACGCAGACUUCACCUGCGCCGUCCAGUACUUCGGCCACGUCCCCAAGUACACCGACUACUACUUGUCCGUGCCCGUGAACAACAACGGCCACGAGCCCGACAUCCUCCUUGCCCACCACGAGCCCGCUGCGGGCACUCUGCACGAGAACUUCACGGUCGAGAUCCCAAGCGCCUACUACUUCUCUGGUGCCAGCUACGUCGUCACGCUGAAGAACACCUUCGCCUCGAACGGCCCCGACGGUACCCCGUACUACUCGGUCGGCGGCGUUGAGGCCCCCGUGACCAUCACCUCCACCACGAACUAAGCGCAUGGCCGGAUGUUGGACUACUUCUGAGCUUCUACGGACGUUGAAGGACAUUAUAGUCUUAUUCUACUUUUUUUCCCCGGAUUCAGUAUCUUCGCAUAAUAAUGGCUCUGCCUUGACUCAAUGCAUGAAUGUUCGUUCUGAAAACAAAAAGGAAUGAGAUUGUCC